CAUCAGCCUCUGACUCAUUGUUCUGCCCAUCACUGGCUGGAUGCCUGACACAGAAAUACAUCAGCAACCAUGAAAGAAGGAACAUUCUAAGAGGGUUCAGAACCCUUCCCCAAGCAGGCAGACCUAGCAUGCCUGGGAUGAGAACAACAGACAAAAGCUUCUGGUCCUGGGACUAACUAGUGCUGCUGGAGCCGCAUCGUGGAGACCUGAAAAGAUGAGGCCACUUCUUCUGGGACGUUCUUCUGUCCUCUUAUUGCUGCUGGGAAUGUGGUGGGCAGUGCGUCCUCUUGGUGCGGUGCCAAAAAAUCUCACCAAGGCUCACUGGUUUGAAAUUCAGCACAUACAGCCAGAGCUUCUCCCAUGCAACAAGGCAAUGAGUGGCGUCAAUAACUACACGCGGCACUGUAAGCCUGAAAACACCUUUCUGCACAGCUCCUUCCAGGAUGUGAUUGCUGUCUGUGACUUGCCCAACAUCAUCUGUAAGAACGGCCAGCACAACUGUCACCAGAGUCCAAAGCCUGUCAACCUGACUCAGUGCAAUUUCAUUGCGGGAAGGUAUCCUGACUGCCGCUACCAUGACGCCGCCCAAUACAAGUUCUUCGUUGUCGCCUGUGACCCCCCUCAGAAGACCGACCCCCCUUAUCAUUUGGUUCCUGUACACUUAGAUAAGAUUGUUUAAAGGUCACUUUGCUUCUCGCUUAGCACAAAUUCUCUUAUGAUCUCCUCUGAUUUUCUUGUCUUUUAUUGAUUUUCCUGGUUCCCAUAGAAGGAAAAAGGAGAGUAUUGGAAAAAUUAGAGUGAUGAGGACACCAGACCAGAGUUGGAACAAAAAAAAGUCAGAUUCUUUUCUGCUUUGGAGCUCUGUGUUUUGAAGGAAGGUAGUAGAUAAAAGGGUAAUGGAGGGUCCAGACUUCCAUAUUUUUAACCUUAGGAAUUUGGCCAAUGUUUGCUGUAUUGUGUUCAGAGCAAUAAAACCAUUUUUGGUCCCAUUAUAA